AUGCAAUCCGCCGCGAGAUCGCUCGCCGCGCCACUCCGCCGGCCGCCGCCGCGCAGAGCGCUCCCCGUCCCCCUCCCCCGCCUCUCCACCGCGUCGCCCCAGGAGGAUCCGUGCCCGGAUCCAGGCCCAGGCCCAAGCCCAGACGCCGACCCACGGCUCGUGAGCGCGCUCAGCCGCGUGCUCAGCGACUUCCGGGGCCCGCUCCACGACCUCCCGGCCGCGCUCCGCGGCUUCGCGCCGCGCCUCACCCCCGACGCGGCGGCCGCGGUGCUGCGCCGGUGCCGCCACCUCCCCGUGCCCUCGCUCCGGUUCUUCCUCUUCGCCGCGGCGCUGCCCGGGUUCUCCCACCUGCCGGAUUCGCUCCUCGUCCUCGCCAAUUCGCUGUCUACCGCACGGCUCUUCCCGCUGCUGCGCUCGCUGCUGUCCGACCUCCCGCCGGCUGCCCUCUCGCGAGGCCUCUUCCCGCGGCUGUUCCGCGCGUACUCACGCGCGCUCCUCCCGGAUGACGCGAUCCGGGCAUUCUCCUCCAUGGCGGGGUUUGGGUUCCACCCGACCCUCGCCGAUUUUCACUCGCUGCUCUUCGCCCUGUCACAUAAUGGCCUUGUAGAGCACGCCGAGACCUUCUUCAGAGAAUCGGCGACCAGUUUCGAUGUCUCAGCGAAAACCUACACCAUCCUGAUCUCUGGGUGGGCUGUCGUGGAGAAGCCGGAAAGCGCGCAAAAGCUAUUCGAUGAAAUGGUGGAGAGGGGUGUCGAGCCUGACGUACCUGCCUACAACGCGUUGAUUGAUGCCUUAUGCCGCGGAGGUGAUAUUGCACGUGCAGAGGAGCAUCUCAAAGAUAUGCAGCAGAGCCGUGGGCUCGUUCCGGAUGCUGCCACUUACGGUCCAUUCAUCCGUGCCGCCUGUGCUUCAAAGGACGCCCGGGCCGCUCUUCGUGUGCUAGAUAGGAUGCGCAUGCACGACCUCACACCAAACGUAUUCACAUACAAUGCUAUAAUUCGUCUGUUGUGUGAGUUGGGAGAGAUUGAGGAGGCUUACAGUAUCCUCGGCGAGAUCAUCGCACGAGGCGAGAAGCCUGACGUUUGGAGCUACAACACGCUGCUUAAUGCGCAUUGUAAGAAGAACGAAGCAAAUAUGGAUUCAGACCCCUCAUCACAGAACCCAACAGACAUGACAGCAUUUGUGCAAAACCUCCUUGGUCAGAUGCAAACAAGGUUCGAGUCAAUGUCCCAGAACAUCGUGUCUAAGAUAGAUGAAAUGGGAACCAAGAUCGACGAGCUGGAGCAGAGCGUCAACGAUCUGAAAGCUGAGAUGGGCACCACCGAGGCACCUGCCAAGAAGCCUGAAGAGCCAAAGCCGUCUGACUCCGCAUAACUUGGCUGUAGGCCAGAGAUUGGCUAGUAAAAGAUUUCGUGGCUACAUGACUAAAAUUCCGGCCUUUAUAUGUGCAUCUGAGGGCUUCCCAUGGACCAUAUAUAUUGUAUGAGUGUGCUAGCUUAUUAGACAUCGAUUG